AUGUCUACCGCUGAGGCAACCCGUGAGGAGAAUGUGUACAUGGCCAAGCUCGCCGAGCAGGCUGAGCGUUAUGAGGAAAUGGUCGAAUUCAUGGAGAAGGUGGCCAAGACCGCUGAUGUAGGUGAGCUCACUGUUGAGGAGCGCAACCUGCUCUCUGUGGCUUACAAGAAUGUGAUUGGUGCCCGGAGGGCUUCCUGGAGGAUCAUCUCCUCCAUUGAGCAGAAGGAGGAGAGCCGUGGGAACGAGGCCUAUGUCGCAUCAAUCAAGGAGUACCGUACCAGGAUUGAAACCGAGCUCAGCAAGAUCUGUGAUGGCAUCCUCAAGCUUCUGGACUCCCACCUUGUCCCCUCUGCCACUGCAGCAGAGUCCAAGGUGUUCUAUCUGAAAAUGAAGGGUGACUACCACAGGUACCUUGCGGAGUUCAAGGCGGGUGCUGAGAGGAAAGAAGCAGCUGAGAACACUCUUGUAGCAUACAAGUCAGCCCAGGACAUCGCGCUUGCUGACUUGCCUACCACCCACCCGAUAAGGCUUGGACUUGCACUCAACUUCUCAGUGUUCUACUAUGAGAUCCUGAACUCUCCAGACCGUGCUUGCAACCUUGCCAAGCAGGCAUUUGAUGAAGCUAUUGCUGAGCUGGACUCCCUCGGCGAGGAAUCCUACAAGGACAGCACCUUGAUCAUGCAACUUCUUCGUGACAACUUGACUCUCUGGACCUCUGAUAACGCAGUGAGGGUGGUGAUGAGAUCAAGGAAGCCGCCUCAAAGCCAGAGGGAGAGGGGCACUGAUUGGCCGGCCCUUGAGCGUGCCCAAGUUUAUUUCUGA